UCAGUUAUCAGUUAUCACAAACAUGGCUUUUUUUGUUGCAUUUCUUUGUCUCAUAGGGUUGGCAGUUGUUCAUCCCUCCCAUGCACAAAACUCACAACAAGACUACCUCGAUGCACAUAACACUGCUCGCGCCCAAGUUGGGGUGACAAACAUCAUAUGGAACAGCACUGUUGCAGCCUAUGCUCAGUCCUACGCCAAUUCGAGGAUAAGCGACUGCAAUCUCGUGCAUUCCGGAGGGCCUUACGGUGAAAAUUUGGCGAAGGGAACUGGUUCCUUCUCAGGCACAGCUGCAGUGAACUUGUGGGUGGCUGAGAAGCCUUACUAUGACUAUGCUUCCAAUGCUUGCACUGGGGGGAAAGAAUGUCGGCACUAUACUCAAGUGGUUUGGGCAAACUCCCUUACUGUGGGGUGUGCUAGAGUCCAGUGCACCAAUUCGUGGUGGUUCGUCAUAUGCAACUAUUAUACCCCAGGCAACUACAUCGGACAACGUCCGUAUUAAGAACGUAAGGAAUUACGCAUACUGAUUAUAUCUCAGGAGAAAAGGUUGUUUACAACCAAAAGAUACAAUAAGCUUCUUUGAGAUAUAUGGUACUAGGUAGAUAUAUGAACAUCAUCCAAUGGAUAAAAUAAGAGGCGGUCUCACGUUUUGGUUCAAAGUGAUCGUUGAGGGAUGUUUAUGUUUUAGCUUCCAUUUCCAGUGUUUCCUUGUACUGUUGCAAAGAAUUUCAAAUUUUCAAUACGUCUUCAUUAUAGUGGUGCACUAUUUAUAUAAACACCUUAUCAGUGUAUGCAAUACCCUU